GUAAAACCUCCAGAAAAAAUAAAAAAAAGGGGGCAUGAUUUGCUGUAACAUUAACAGCAUCUAGUUUGUAGUUGACUGGCCUCAGCAUGAAUGACAUAAAUAAAAGACACUUUUAUCAUUCUCUAUAAGUUAAAGAAGUUAUCCUCUGAAACUUACAUACCAUCAAAAGCUAGCCUUAGCUAGUACUCAGUAUAUAAUACUAUAAGCUAAGCAUAGGGAAUAAUAUAACUCUGUUUCAAACUUAUUUCGGAAGCUCUAGAUUAUCAUUUUUGGUAUAAGUUUCAGAAGAAGUUGUUUAAAUGAUGGGAGGGUUCAGAAACUGUUGGCCUUUGUCUUUGGUAAUAUUCAUUCUCUCUGUCUCUUGCUGCACAGCAAGGCAUCAUCAUCAGAAGCAUUCUGCAGUCAUAGUUGGCGCUGUUUUUUGUGACACUUGUUUCCAAGAUGACCUUUCUAAAGCCGGCAGCCAUCACAUCCCAGGUGCAACUGUUGCAGUAGAAUGUGCACAAGGGAGCUCAAGGCCAGCAUUUUACCAAGAGGCGAAAACAGAUCAACAAGGGAAUUUUAAGGUGCAACUACCCUUCUCAAUCAGCAAACAUGUCAAAAAGAUUGAAGGAUGUACUGUAAAACUGGUUAAGAGCAGUGACCCAUACUGUGCUGUGGCCUCAACUGCUACUUCAUCACCGAUUCAUCUCAAGAAUAGAAAGGGAAAGAAGCACAUCUUUUCUGCUGGUUUCUUCUCUUUCAAGCCCCUAAAACAACCUGGUUUGUGUAGCCAACAACGUUCUCAGUUGAAUUCUCUUCAAGACUUUCUAAACCCUCUAAACCCAACUCUUCCAACGACACCAAACCCUCAAAUUCCAACACUUCCUACCCCAAACCCUCCAACAUCAACUAACCCAUACACACCUAUUAUGCCAAAUUUGCCUAACCUUCCACCACUUCCAUCUCUCCCACCACUUCCUAAACUUCCUUCCCUCCCAUUAUUACCGCCUUUCCCAUCAACAAAUCCAGAUGCAUCACUAGGGUCUUACAAGGACAGUAAGGUGGGGAAUGGUUUACUGACUCAACCACAACAGUUUUUCCCACCAAUUAUUCCACCCGUUUUUGCUCCACCACAAGGUCCUAUCCCAUUGCCACCUAACCCACUUCAGCCAGCACCUCUUUUGCCGAACCCCUUCCAACCCCCGCCUUCACCACUCAUCCCCAAUCCAUUUCAGCCACCUACCCCACCUCCAAGUUUAUUGCCUCCUAUACCUCCUUUGCCCACUCUGCCACUAGUUCCUGGAUUAACUCCUGUACCCUCACCCCCACCUCCUGCAUCUUUGUUUCCGUUCCCUCCGAUUUUCCCAUUUCCAGGCACACCCUCACCUCCUGCAUCUUCAUUCCCCUUCCCUCGUAUGCCACCACUCUUUCCUGGCUUUCCUCCAGCUAAGGGCAAGAAAGUGAACCCUUGAAGAGAAACUAGUUAGCUACCAUGUACAAUUCUUCUUGUAAUCAGUAACCACCUACUAGUAUCAUUUCCAUCCUUCCUUUCAUUCACCUGCUUACUUUGUUUAGUUAUUACUUAAACAGCAAGGGAAAACAAAAAAGAUUCAGCCUUCUCCAUAUAUAUAGUAAGACUGUAAUUUGUUUUCUUAUUGAGGUUAUGUGUAAUGUGUCCAUCUUUCAUGCUUGUAUUGUGUUGCUUAAGGAUCUCACCAUACAAAAAAAAGAUGCAGAUGAUGAUCAUCUACCUUGUCAAACUUUUAUGUCAAAGUACUAUAGUCUUGGUUGUAUUUGAUUUCCUGCAACUCUGCAAGGUAUAAACCGGCUGUAUAAUACUCCAUACAAAUCACUAAUCCCUUUGAUCCCUGCUGCUCGGACUCAGGAGUUCUUAGCGUUACCUAAGAAAAACCACAUAAUAUCAUUUGAUUUCCUCAAUUGACCAACAAUGGUCCUUAAAUCAUUUGUGUCCAAUGAUUUAUUCUUGACAGUAUAACAGAUUGUGGUUAUACUCCUGCUCCAUUCCAAAAACAUUAUGCAUAUAUGAGUGUAAGAUAACAGAUGCCCUGUCAAAAUUGGGGUUGAUGAUCCAAACCCAAUGCAAAGUGGUGAUGGAAGAGAGCGCACCACGCCUCGCCUUAGGCUUAGUUUUGGAACAAAUGUAAGUCUCACGAUGAAUGUCAAUGUUUGCCAUUGCAAUGAUUUCAAAAAGUAAAUGUGUCCUUUUCUCCUGUUAAUUGUCUGUAUUGAGCUGUAACAAAUUGUGCCCUUCUCUUCCCUUUGAGGCUUCAUUUGUUCUUUAAGAUCAGGCUUCUAAGCUAGGGACUACGCCCUAAGGGGCCGGUUAAUAGGCAUCAAGGCUCCCAUUUGUACAUUCAACAAACACCGCAACUGUAGACAAUCUCGAGUAAUCAAAGUGCAUUCUUUCGAACUGAACAUACUUUUAUUAGGGAGUUUUUCACCAAGCAAGAAGUGAACGGAUUAUGCAACUUGGUGGUACUGCCAAAGGAAAUGGAACUUAUUAGGUACUAUGUAGUCUUUUUCUUUAAAAAAAAUGAACAUAUUAGAUACUUGUUCACAAAAGUUGAACUUAUAUUUAUAUAUUAUUAGGCAGUUUCUGAAAGAAGUUUAUUCCUUCGAAACGUGGAGUAUCGCAUUCUCAACCAUUACAACUUACAAAUAUAGUGAGUGUACUGAAAUCUAUCCAUUCAGAACUCGUCCUGAAUCCGGAGUAGCCCUAAAGAUGAAUCGGGUAGUACACUAAAAAACAAAUAUAGUGAGUGUUACAAACCAUUGCUAGCCAUAUCACCGGGGAAGUCCUAUAGCCAAAUUAGCUUUUGGGCUGGUAUUUUCCUUGUGUUGGGUUGUUCCGAUACUUCCUAACCAUCUUAUUACCGGACCCACACAAAAAAGGGUUAACUACCGUGUUCAUAUCAGCGGGAGAGAACAGAAAACCACAAGCUAGAAUUGGAUUCCUGUGUAAUUGUGGUGAGAAGAGAAUACUAUAUUCAUCUUUUAGGGUUUAUUUCAAAAGAGAGAACAAUUAAUUUGGGAAUUCCACCCAAUUAUCCGAUCAUUUCUGGAUUUGUUUGAGGUAA